UCAGGUAUGAAAAUGAUGAUCGCAUUGGUAUUUCAUGCUUUGGUCUUGUCUGCAAGUCAGGGAUUGAAAUUAGGCCAAGAAAUUGAAAAAGUUAACGAGUUUGCAACAAAGGAAAUGAUAGCUGAAAUGACUUCAGGAAUCACUAGCCUUGCAAGACGGAUCCAAAACAGUAAUACCAUAUGUAUUGACGAAAUCAAUAGAAUUCGUAACUACGUCUGCGCUAAAUGUACCGGAAAUCCUGUGUUACCAUCUCUGACCGAUAUAAAACAAAAUAUAAACAGACCAGUUCCAAAGAUUUUACAGCUCUUUUAUGAUUUGUUGGACGCCUUAACACCAGAUGCUAUAGAAUUAGUAGGAGAACGCAAAUACAUGAUGGAAGAAGACUUUGGAAGAAUGGCUGAGUAUCUGAAAUUAGCAACAAAACCUGAACUGGGUACACCGCUCGAAGAAUCAAUACGCAUCAGCCAAGAAAUUGAUUUGAAACUAAGAAAUGUUACAAAUAACUUUCAUCAAACUGCAGAUGUUGCAGGAAGACGUAAAAGACAAUCUACUACCACUAUAAUUAGAUCUUGCUCGCAGUGUGAUGGACUGAACGGUGUGGGCAUUGAACAAUACAUUGAUAUAGUUUGUGGAUCAACCCUUUUGUUAAACAUCGACAGCAUUAUGGAAUUGGCUGACCGGUAUCGACUAAUAUUAAAUACAACAUUGAAUUUAAAUAAUUACGACCCAGUAAUUCAAGAAGUGGAAUUUGAUGAAAAAAGUGUAAUAUAUCAACUUACACCAUAUUUCAGCGUUGUAGCUGAUAUCACUAGCUACAAGUAUAGAAUAGAGCAAAGCACAUACACCAAAAGUUUAACACCAGUUUCUCUCCAUUUCAACAACUUAAACGAAACUGCCAAGUUUUUAGCCGGAGAAAUUAUGGAGAAACACGUAUAUAGUCCUGGCACGGGAUUUGGCUUUGCAUAAUAAUCAUUCAAGUUUCAGGUUUCUUUCAUCAAUGAUCGAAUCU